AGUGGUUCGGCAGCAUUCAUUCCAGUUCGAUCGUUGCUCGGAGCCAGUAGCAAAGUUGCUGUGAACCUGGUGGUGCCGCGCCGUGUGUCUUCGAUGAUCUACAGCAACUGACACGCACUACUGUUUAGCAUUGUCCAGAGGAGAGUACGCAACGCAACUAGCAAGCAAGUCGCGAUAUACGGAAAUACCGAACCUCGGCACCCUACACGCACGAUGACGAUCAACACCGACGACCAGUAUGGUGAUGGGGAAUCGAAAACAACUCUCAGCUCCAGUCGGCGCUACAGUAGCAGCAGCUACCAGGACCAGAUGGACGAUGCGCUCAGCACGACGCUAACGAACGACAAGGCAACACUGAUACAGGUGUGGAAACCGAAGAGUUACGGGUCGGUCAAGGGUCAGAUACCGCAGCAGGACCGACUCACCUACACCUGGAAGGAGAUCGACGUGUUCGGCGAGGCGCCCUCGGACGGGAAGUCACGCGAACCACUGUGCACGCGGCUGCGCAACUGCUGUACCCGCCAGCGCAAAGAUUUCAAUCCCCGCAAGCACCUGCUGAAGAAUGUGACGGGAGUCGCCCGGAGCGGCGAGCUGCUCGCGGUGAUGGGUAGCUCCGGUGCCGGUAAGACCACCCUGCUGAAUGCGCUCGCCUUCCGUUCACCGCCGGGCGUGAAGAUAUCGCCGAAUGCGGUCCGCGCGCUGAACGGUGUGCCGGUGAAUGCGGAACAGUUGCGUGCCCGGUGCGCUUACGUGCAGCAGGACGAUCUGUUCAUCCCGUCGCUGACGACGCGCGAGCAUCUGCUGUUUCAGGCUAUGCUGCGCAUGGGGCGCGAUGUACCGGCCAGUGUGAAGCAGCACCGUGUGCAGGAGGUGCUGCAGGAGCUGUCGUUGGUGAAGUGUGCCGACACCAUCAUUGGGGCGCCCGGUCGCAUCAAGGGUUUGUCCGGUGGGGAGCGCAAGCGUCUGGCGUUCGCAUCGGAAACGCUGACCGAUCCGCAUUUGCUGCUGUGCGACGAACCGACGUCCGGGCUCGACUCGUUUAUGGCCCACAGUGUGCUGCAGGUGUUGAAGGGUAUGGCGAUGAAGGGUAAAACCAUCAUCCUCACCAUCCACCAACCGUCGUCGGAGCUGUACUGCCUGUUCGACAAGAUACUGCUGGUGGCGGAGGGUCGUGUAGCGUUUCUCGGAUCGCCCUACCAGUCGGCGGAGUUUUUCUCUCAGCUAGGAAUACCCUGUCCGCCCAACUACAACCCGGCCGAUUUCUACGUACAGAUGCUGGCGAUCGCACCGGCGAAGGAAGCCGAGUGUCGCGAUAUGAUCAAGAAGAUCUGUGACUCGUUCGCGGUCAGCCCGAUUGCGCGGGAAGUACUCGAGACGGCAUCGGUGACGGGCAAGGGCAUGGAUGAGCCGUACCUGCUGCAGCCGAUGGAGGGAGUCGGUAGCACCGGGUAUCGUUCCAGCUGGUGGACACAGUUCUACUGCAUUCUGUGGCGUUCAUGGCUGAGUGUUCUGAAGGAUCCGAUGCUGGUGAAAGUACGCCUGCUGCAGACAGCGAUGGUUGCAACGCUGAUCGGUUCGAUCUACUUCGGCCAGGUGCUGGAUCAGGACGGUGUGAUGAAUAUCAACGGUUCCCUCUUCCUCUUCCUCACCAACAUGACCUUCCAGAACGUGUUCGCCGUGAUCAACGUGUUUUCCGCCGAGCUGCCAGUGUUUUUGCGCGAAAAGCGUUCCCGGCUGUACCGCGUCGACACCUACUUCCUGGGCAAAACGAUCGCUGAGCUGCCCCUCUUCAUCGCGGUACCGUUCGUCUUCACCUCGAUCACGUACCCGAUGAUUGGGUUGCGUGCCGGUGCGUCCCACUAUUUCAUCACCCUGUUCGUGGUGACGCUCGUGGCGAAUGUGUCCACCUCGUUCGGGUACCUGAUAUCCUGCGCCAGCUCCUCCAUCUCGAUGGCCCUGUCGGUCGGGCCGCCGGUCGUCAUUCCGUUCCUGAUCUUCGGUGGAUUCUUCCUCAACUCGGCCUCGGUACCGGCGUACUUCAAGUAUCUCUCCUACCUGUCCUGGUUCCGGUACGCCAACGAGGCGCUGCUGAUCAACCAGUGGAGCACGGUGGUCGAUGGGGAGAUUGCGUGCACACGCACCAACGUCACCUGUCCCCGGUCGGGCGAGAUCAUACUCGAGACGUUCAACUUCCGCGUGGAAGACUUUGCGCUCGACAUUGCCUGCCUGUUUGCGCUGAUCGUCCUGUUCCGGCUCGGUGCGCUCUUCUGUCUAUGGUUGCGUUCGCGCAGCAAAGAGUAAGAAGGAUUGGGGUUAUGUUUGUUUUUUUCUCUCUCUCUCUUUCUCUCUCCGAGUUGUUCUCCGAGGCAACUUGUUUUGUAUUUCAGAUGUGUUUGUUUUUCUUAAUUUUUGUUACUUUUGUCUACCUUUGCAUAUGUUCUGUUUUUGUUCUUCUACGGUUAAGUAACUUAACGCAAAUGCGUAGGACAACAAGGCCCGCAACAAGGCGUUAUGGCGUUUAAGACAGAGAGAGAGAUAUACAUAUACAUACACAUUAAUACACACAUAUAGCGAAUUUGCAAGUUGGCCUAGUUACCGAACCGAAGAUUAAGUAGUUUGUGUCAAGUAUUUUUUUGUUUUUUUUUUCGUUUUCCUCACUCCAAUUACGUUGUUUGCUGCUUGUCGGAAGAUUCUUCUCCACCUGGAAUCUCCUUAUCCUUAAUUUUCUCGCAACCAUGAUUGUGUGCCACCUUGGCGCGACACACGAUGCUCGUAAGUCUCUGCUGCCUCUCUGUCUGCCCGCGGUCAGCUAUGGUGUUCUUUUAAAUGUAGAAAUAUUAUGACAAGUGACGAGCAAGCGAUAAGAAUAGUAAUAGUAGUAAUAAACGAUAACAUUAAUAUAAAAAUGA